ACGUGUAAAUCUUUGGAACGCGCAAUCAGAGUCAACGGUCUUCGAUGUCAUCUCGUCGGUAGUGUGCUCGGGAUUUGUGCGUUCGUGUAAACGCGCAAACGUUAGGUUUCUAUUUGAAUCAUAGAUAUGAAAUAGAAAUUUCUAAUCAUACGAGGAUAGCGUUGUUUUAUAUGUGCGAUUUCGUUGAAACGACAAGUGAGCUCGAGUUGUCGCUUCCGAGAAAACUCGUAAUCAUUAGUAAUUUUAUUCGAUUGUUGAUUUAAUCAAGCAGGAUGAGUGAAAUGACUGAAUUGCCACCAGGAACAGCAUCGCUGCUCGAGGAACUCAACAGUUUGUAUUAAUCUAGUGUUUAUACGUAUCGAUGAGCUCGCACCGAAAAGCUAAUGGUUCUAUUGAGGGAUGGCAGAACGCUGAUUGGAGUUUUAAGAAGUGUCGAUCAGUUUGCUAAUAUUGUACUUCAAGAUACCAUUGAACGAAUUCACGUUAAUAAAGAAUACGGUGAUAUACCAAGAGGUAUUUUUAUAGUGAGAGGAGAAAACGUUGUGCUUUUAGGAGAAAUAGAUUUAGAAAAGGAAAAGAAUUCAGUGUUAAAGCAGGUAUCGGUGGACGUCAUUUUGGACGCUCAAAGGCACGAACAAGAAUUAAAGCAGGAUGAGAAACGUCACAUGAACAAAAUUAGUUUUAAACAGCGAGGUUUCUCCGCGAGUUGUAUGCCGGAUUUAAGUCACGAUGACAUGUAUUGAUAAAAUGCUUGUUUUGUAUCGACGCUAAUUAACUUACGUUAUAUUCAUAUGACUGCUCUAUAUGAUUUAUAAGGCUGUAUCGUUUUUCUGAUGUAAGAUAUAUCAGAGUUACAGAGGAUUUAUCUUUACUGACAAUUUAUCAGUUUUCUCUUAUAUUUACACAAAACUGAGGUGAUAUAUCCUAGAUAUAAAUCAAGUAGCACACGGUUUUAUAACGUAAUAUAUUAAUUUUGAAUAACCCUUGAAAUAUUUAAUUUCAAACGAGAAACAAGAAUAAUUGUAAAAUAAAUGUAUUAUGACUUGUCAUAUUGUCAAAUUUUAUUUCUAAAGAUAUGACCAAACUUUGCGUAUGCUGUGUCAAGUCGUUUAAAGGACGCAAGAACCACUAAACUUGGUAUCAAAGUGUGUACUUAUGUAUUAUGCAAUUUUGAAGGUACAAAAUAAAUUAGAAAAAU